AUUUUCUCCGAGGAAAUUUCCCUGUGAUUUAAUCUGCUCUGUAGCCUGUGCUGUGGUGGGAUUAGCAGUCUGCAGGGCCAAGCAUGGAGAGUAGGUUCAUAUCGUCCAGCUGUCGUUUUUGGGAGGGCCUUUGAUUUGCGUGUGAUGAUUUUCCCAUAGCAUCUGGAGAUCAAUUAUCCAUUCGUGUGAGCCACUGGUUGGGCAGAGAGAUCAUAGCUGGCUGUGUAUAUAAACCAUUCAGCGAAAGGCAAUAUAUUAUGAUUUAUUCUAGGAGAUUGAGGUAAUUUUCUAAGCAUGCAGCAUUUCAAAGUGCUCAGGAAAUGCAUAUAUGUAUCCGAGAGGGCGCAUAAUGCAUCCAUGAUCCACAGGAAUCCUGAAUCCUUGCAGCUGAUUGGCUGCUGAGUCCUGCCUCUUGUUGGGAUGGACCUGUUGGAUAAAAGGACCAUUUUCUACAGGGCUCUUGUGUGCUACACAGUGGAUCAUGCACUGGGGACCAUCCAAGACGAUAAAAUAAGAAAUAGGCCUUUGAAGUAGCUUCUAAGACAAUAUGACGGGGAAACAAGGCGCCGUGCUGUCGGAAAGUUUGAAUUUAUCGGAAAAAACCUCUCUGGGUGCGAUCGGAGGAAGUAACAGCCAUCACAUCCAGGCGAAGAACGGCGCAACCCAUCCGCCGCCCAGGUGCACCGGCUUUGGCAUCCAGGAGAUACUGGGGCUGAAUAAGGAGCCGUCCGCGGCCCCGAGGAGCCCUCUGGAGUCUCUGCCGGCCGGGGCGCACCUGAUCGCCGCCAGGUCCGUGCUGGGCCCCGCUGGCGUGGGUGUCGGUGUCGGGAUGGGAUUAAUCGGCCCCGGUGGGAUUCCGUCGUUUUAUAGCCAACCAGCGUUUUUGGAGACUGUGCUGUCUGACGCACAAAAUGUUCACUUGCAGCCCCACAGCAGAUCCGCAGGGCCGCUGGACGCCAGCCAGUCUGCCAGCUCAGACUCCGAGGAUUUGUCUUCCAAUGAACGAAAACUGUCAAAGUCAUCAAUAAGCCAGAGCAAAAAACGCAAGAAAAGACGUCACCGGACCAUAUUCACAUCAUACCAGCUGGAGGAGCUGGAAAAGGCCUUUAAUGAAGCGCACUACCCGGAUGUUUACGCCCGAGAGAUGCUGGCUAUGAAAACAGAGCUACCUGAAGACAGAAUACAGGUGUGGUUUCAGAACCGCAGAGCCAAGUGGAGGAAGAGGGAGAAGUGCUGGGGCCGCAGCAGCGUCAUGGCUGAGUACGGACUGUAUGGUGCCAUGGUGAGGCAUUCAAUCCCACUGCCAGAGUCCAUCCUCAAGUCUGCCAAGGAUGGCAUCAUGGAGUCCUGCGCCCCUUGGCUGCUCGUCCAAGAUGGCUUUCCAAUCAACAGACGCUAUUCUAAAUCUGAAUACCCGCAAUUCUUUGCAGGGAUGCACAAAAAGUCCUUGGAGGCAGCAGCUGCCUCACCGACAGGAAAGUCAGACGCAGCCCCGCAGCCCAACGCUCAGAGGGCAGAAGAGACUGAGGCAGAGGAGAAGAAGUCAGAAGGCAAGUCCUCCAUUUCUAAAGAGGAACUAAGAGAGAACAGCAUCGCUGCACUCAGGGCCAAGGCGCAGGAGCACAGUGCCAAAGUGCUGGGGACGGUUUCUCGAGACAGACUGCCGGAGGGCAAACAGGAGAGGCAGGCGGCCGAGGAGAGGCCCAGCGAUCUUUUGAGUUCAGCAAAGGAGGCAAAAAGCCCGUAGAGGCGAUCUAGUUCCUGAGGACUGUUACACUCAUGAGGGAAUGCAGCACUCUGGCUGCUUUCGGCAUGUGUACGGACUAACUCAGAUCUGUCAAAAUUCAAUGUCCUGCAGGUUUUCCUCACAUUGAACUCAUCCUCGUUUACUGCUCUGAAUUGGCCUGCAUUACUUUGGACUUCUUCUAGAAGAUAACUCAUUCGGCCAUCAGCUGUUUACUGCUCUGAGGAAAACACCAAUGCACUUCUCCUGUUUUAUUUUCAAACUUUCUUACAUGGUGUUGUUGCUUAUACAUUGUAGAGAAGGACAUCAGUUUGACUGAAUGGGAGUAAAGUAUUAAUAAUAGUAUAUAUACACCCCACAGCUAUAUAUAGAACCACAUGAGUGAGAUUUUACCAAGUCAAGUAAUGUUUAUUAUAUUAGACUAAUUAGGACUACUAAUGACCAAUGAGCAGCCAAUCUCUGAAGGUCUACAUGUCAUUCAUGGCAUCCAUUUUAAUGUCUUUCCUGUUUGAAGUGCUUGUACAGUUACUAAAUGACAACUUUGGUAGAAGGUGACCUUUUAAAGUAAGAACCAUCCCACCUACAAUACUCCUUUGAGAGGCGGAAAGUAAAUGUUGUCCUAUAUUGCUCUGUACAUAAUGGAUAUAACAAUAUCUCACUAAAGGCACAAUUUGAAAUACAUUUUCUUGUAGUCUUAAAAAUGUUUGUGUUUUCAUUUCAUAAUAUGUAUAAUAUGAAAUACCAAGCAUUAAAUAGAAAUCACCUUUUUAA